AAAAUCUGUUACAAGAUUCCGGGAAAAAGAUGUUUUUGAAGAGAUUUCUAGUGACAGUGAUAUGAGGAGUAUGGUGAAGCUACUACCUCCAAAAAGGUUUAUCUAUGUGUAUGUUGAUGAAGGAGAAAUAGUUAAAAAGAAUCCUGAGAGUGUACAUGAUUCCAAUCUUUGUGGUGAUUCAAGUGAUGUACAGGAUGCCAACCUCUGUGGUCAUUCAACUGAUGAUGAUUAUGAACCAUCUGGUGACAGUUCCAGUGAUGAUGGCCUAUCUGAUGGUGAUCUAGUGACAGAUGAUGAAGAAUAUAUAUCUGCCAGAAAGGAUAGAGAAAUAUUCAGAAAAAGUCAAGAUGAAGAUGGUAGGAACACUACAGAUUUUGGUCAUGAAGAUGAAGCUGUUGAGGGAUCUAACAAAGAAUUUGUUGAUAAAAAGGAUUUGCAAUUUGUUUUAGGAAUGAAAUUUGAUAGUAUUGUUCAAUGCAAAGAUGCCAUCCAGACUCAUGCUAUUUAUAAUGGCUGUAAUAUUCAAUUUUGGAGAAGUAAUGAGAAACAAGUAGAAGCUAGGUGUCAGAAGCCUUGUCCUUGGAAAUUGUAUGCCAGUUUUAUCAAAGAGGAAGGAAGGGUUGCCAUUAAGACCCUUGUUGCUGAGCACACAUGUUAUAGGGACAUCAAAACUAGGCAAGCAACUUCUAGUUGGGUGGCAAAAGAGUUUUUAGAUAAGUUUAGAAAGAAACCAAGGAUGAAAGUGGCUGAUUUGGAGGACCAAAUUAUGGAAAAAUAUGCAGUGCAACCAAAUAAGUGGAAAUUGUACAGAGGCAAGUACAAAGCUUUGGAGAUGCUUAGGGGGUCAGAAGAGGAGCAUUAUGGCUGUUUGAGGAACUACAUUGCAGAAUUGCAGAGGGUUGAUAGAAAUGGUAGGUUUGAACUCCUAUUGGACACAGGCAGUGUUUUCAAGGCCUUUUUCAUUGGUUUUAGUGCUUUAAGGCAAGGUUUUUUGCAAGGUUGUAGGCCAGUGAUAGGUUUUGAUGGGUGUUUUCUUAAGACCUUUCUGGGGGGUGUUUUGUUGUGUGCUAUUGGAAAAGAUGGAAAUAAUCAGGUAUUUCCUAUAGCUUGGGCUGUUGCAAACUUAGAAAAUGAAGAAAACUGGAAGUGGUUUUUAGAAAUCUUAUUCCAGGACCUUGGCAUUGGGGAUGGUUUAGGUUGGACUUUCAUUAGUGAUCAACAAAAG